AUGCACUUGAAAUCGGAUCCAGGAAGCGUAUGGUCUAAAGCUGGGAAACUUAGAUUCAACCAAAGUCCUUGCAAGGUCUCACUCAAAGAGAAAGAAGACAACGAGAAAUGGCCGAAGGGUAAAAGUAUCUGGAGUGGGCGAAAUGGGGAAGCUGUCAAUGUUGAAACAUUUGCUCUUCAGUAUGACGAAGAUAUGGGGUUUAAAGGAGUACACUGCGAAACCCGAGUGAUCCACAUGCUGUUUGGUCUUCUAUUUUGGGAUAUCAUCUUCGCCCCAGUUCCAGGUGCAUUUGAAACGCCUUUUCAAUCUGCGCCUUUGGAUAUCGCAGAAGAUUCCUUCUAUCAUUCUCGCAAAGAAAUCAUCGAGCAGCGCCUCGAAGAGCUCGAAUCGGGGAAGGCACAGGAUAUCAUCGGGAGAACGGAUGACGAAUAUAGACCCAACGGAACUUACUGUGUUGGUGUGAGAUGGGAUCUAUUCACGAAACAGGACCUCAUCGAGAUUGUCACAGUGAGGGUCCUUAAGAUCUUAAGAGUUGAAGUAUUGCUGUCUGAUUAA